AUGGACGCUUAUGAUGUAAUAGCUAAUCAACCAGUAGUUAUUGAUAACGGUUCGGGAGUCAUCAAAGCUGGUUUUGCUGGUGAUCAAACGCCGAAAUGUCGCUUCGCUAAUUUUGUUGGACGUCCAAAACAUGUUCGAGUUAUGGCUGGUGCACUUGAAGGAGAUAUUUUCAUUGGGCCAAAGGCAGAAGAGUACCGAGGUUUACUUUCGUUAAAAUAUCCUAUGGAACAUGGAAUUGUUACCGAUUGGAAUGAUAUGGAACGAGUGUGGCAGUAUAUUUACAGCAAAGAUCAAUUGCAAAUAUUUCCGGAGGAACAUCCUGUCCUUUUAACUGAGGCUCCGUUAAAUCCGUUGAAAAAUCGAGAAAAAUCCGCUGAAAUUUUUUUCGAAACAUUUAACGUUCCUGCGCUACAUAUACAAAUGCAAGCAGUUUUAUCAUUAUAUUCUACGGGUCGUACCACUGGUGUUGUGAUAGAUUCGGGUGAUGGAGUCACUCAUAUUGUUCCUAUUUUUGAAGGAUUUGCCAUACAGCAUGGUAUCGAACGCAUGGAUAUAGCUGGUCGAGAUGUUACGCGUUAUUUACGUCUUCUUUUACGCAAAGAAGGUAGUGAUUUUCACCGUUCUUCCGAAUUUGAAAUUGUGCGUGAAAUUAAGGAGAAGAUGUGCUACGUCACUUGUAAUGUAAUGAAAGAUGAGGGCACGGAAAGCGAAAAGAUAGCUUAUAAAUUGCCGGAUGGUUCAAAUUUGGAAAUUGGUUCUGCUAGAUUCCGUGCUGCUGAAAUUCUCUUCCGACCCGAAAUUAUCGGUGAAGAAUGGCCGGGAAUUGCAACUGCACUUGAUCUAUCAAUAAGGAGGUGCGAUAUGGAUUUGCGAAAGACUUUAUAUAGCAAUAUUGUUUUGAGUGGUGGUUCAACUAUGUUUGCUGGUUUUGGUGAUCGCUUACUUGCUGAUGUGCGUAAAGAAUUUCUUGAAAUAUUUUGUAAUUUUCAAACAAGAAAGCUUGCUCCAAAGGAUAUAAAGAUUCGAAUCUCUGCUCCACAAGAGCGCUUAUUUGGAACUUGGAUUGGCGGAUCAAUUUUAGCAAGUUUGGAUACUUUCAAAAAGCUGUGGGUUAGUAAAAAAGAAUAUGAAGAUGAAGGGAAGAAAAUAAUACAUCGGAAAACUUUUUAG